CGGCGGAGGGCGUCAUCAGCCAUCACUUGCCGUCUGCUGUUUGUCGCCGUCAGGUUGACCGUUACGCUGCGGUUGUCUUACAUGGCCGACGUGUUGCGCAAGCUGCCGCUGCUCCUCCUCGUCGUGAUUCUGCUUGUCGUUGUCGUCUUUGUUCACGUGUGCAUAUUGGGGAGGUUGCCUUCACGUACCCGCAGGAAAGGAGGGGCGAGGAAGAGCGUUGCCAUGGACGGGAGGCGGCCAACUCAGAGGACGUUGUCCAGCCCUUAUCCGACCGACCGGGCUCCGAUCUGUGCCGGUGCAGACAGAAGGGCGGCAGGUCCGUCACCGUACGAAGGACUGCCGCCUCACUUGCAACCGCUGCUCGAUUCGGACGAGGGGGAGGCGGAGGUGGACGUGUCGACGACAGUUCCGAUGGGUAGCGGGUCUACCCAGGAGUGGACGGGUAGCCAGUUGUAUGAUCGCCCCGGGACGAAGUACGGGCAGUCGUUCACUUCCCUCCUUCACGGCGGCGCGGAGGAGGAGGAUUGCCUCCCCCCUGUCGAUCUCACAUUUGGCCUCCGGAGCGGGAGCCCGUCUUCUGUCAUGCGCACUGUGCUUGUGAACCCUCAUCCCAACGACGACGCGGGGCAGGUCACAUUCGGCGAUAGGGGCACGAGGGGCGUAGCGGCGGCAGAGGUGACGCGGGUAUGGAAGGAUGCGAGGCAGGAGUUGCGGCGGCAGCAAGAAGAGUCCAUAACGAAAGGUGUGGAGCGUUUACGUGUGGGCAAGCGGAGUGGGCAAGCAGACGUGGCCGCUGGGGGGGGUGACGCGUGGGCAAACGCUGACGAAGUUCAGUGCGACGUAGACGAUGACGACAGUGGCGACGUGUUCCCGUUGCGUGCGCCGAACAUGGGCGGGAGGGGCGGGAGGGGCGGCAGGGGCAGCACUUCGACUAGAGCGGUGCGCAGGCGGACGAGAUCGACGACGGCCUCUGCAGACGUGGAAGGCGAGGGUGAUGGGGAAGGAGGGCGGAAUUUCUGGUCCGUGGAACACAUGGUGGCCCUAAUCAGGGCGAAGCGGUAUAAGGACGCCAAGCUGCAAGCGUCGGGACACAACUUUGCUCGGAUGCGGACGAGGGAGUGGAAAUGGAUGGACGUCCGGGAGAGGUUGCUGAAGUUCAAGAAAGUCCACGCUUUCAUGGGCAUGUCGGGGAAGGAGGACUUCUUCCAUUCGACGAGUCAGCAGAGGGCAGAGAAAGGAUUCAACUUCAACAUGGAUCGAGCCGUCUUCGAGGAGAUUAAAGGGGCGAGGGAGAGGAGCCACACUAUCAGCCCGACCAAUGUUGCAGACACUGGCGGGGCAGGGAGUGUGCAACUCCCAUCUGCACAGUCGGCGACUCCGGAAUCUGUGGGGGAUGGUGAAGCCGCCGGUGAUGGAAACGACGAAGACGACAGCUCAGCACGGGGUGACUCACAGACGAGUGGUGGCCCGACCGGAUUCGGGAAGAGAAAGAAUAUGCGGCAACAGACAUUCGAGGCGUUGUCGGAGUCCAUGGACAAGCAUGGGGCGUUGGUGGCGUCGACGAUGGAGAGCGCGAGCAAGAGGCAAUGCUCCAUCCAGAUUCGGCAGUGCGAAGCUAUCGAAGUGGAGGUGGAGAUCCAGAAACAACACUGUGCUGCCUCCACUGAAGUUAGCAAGCUUAUGUGCCAGGCGCUGAUGGGAAUAGCGAAGGCUAUACGAGAACGGUAGACAUGUGCGACCGCCGGAGGUCAUUGGUCGGUUGUAGUCGUCACAUCAUUGU